AUGGCUAGUGAACUCAGCUUUGUUCUCCAAAACAUAAUCUUAAAAUUUCUAAAAAACCAAAAGGCACCAGAAGAAGUUAUUGAUUGUUUAACAGAUUUCUCUAAGGCGAUUCAAUUCACAGAUACCUUCGAUGUCACUUUCAUUCGUCCUGACAUGACGAGAUGCUUUAUUAAAGGAACCAAAUUCUGUGAUCUUGAUAAAGAAAAUUCACUUCGAGAUUACUUAGAAUGCCUCAAAGAAUCAGAAAUACAACUUUCCCCAAUGAACACUGAUCCAAAAUGUAUUUCGUAA